AUGAGUUGGAAAGACAGAGAUGCAAGAGGUACGGAGAAGGUGUUGGUGGGAGGUGUUGCUCCAAGUGACGCCUCGCUUCCGUGGCUGGGUGCGCACCGCACAGCCUUGGCUCCACAGCCACGACAAUACCCCAAAGGGCGAGGUGAGGUGACCGCCAAAGGUCGGACGACACACUUCUUCUCAGCAGACAACCAAGGUCCAACCGUCACACUUGUUCUCACCACACUUCCUAUAUCACUCGACGACCAUGGCAGACGCUGCUACAGACGCACCCGUAGCUCCCGAGGCCAAGAAGGUCCUCUACUGCCCGCACUGCACCUUUCCACCCGAGUACUGCACCUUUUCCUCCUCGGCCUCCAAAUGUCGUGCCUGGCUCACAGAGACCCACCCAGAUCUCGCCGAACAGAUCUAUGGAUCCUCUUCUGCCUCAGCUGCCGACGCCGGCGAUGACGGGAAAGGCAAGAAGGCCGCCGAUGGCACUACAGGACUCGAGGGCAAAUUGGAAGAGGGCCUGACACUCAAGCAGAAGGAGGAUGAGGAUAAAGAGAGGGACAAGAAGGAGAGGAGAGAGGAGAAGAAGAAGGAGAAGGAAGAGAAGGAAAGGAAGUCGGCCAAGAUCGUCCUGACGAAACACUCGCGUACCAAGAAGAAGGCCACCACCUCCAUCAAUGGCCUCCACUUCUUCUCUCCUCCCCUCCCCGCCCUCAAAGUCAUCUCCAAGGCUCUCGCCUCUAAGCUAGCUACGGGCUGUUCCGUCUCCAAGAGUGCCAACAACCCAGGUGUAGAGGAGAUUACCAUUCAAGGAGAUGUGGCAGAGGAGGUCAAGGAGAUGAUCCUCAAUCGGACCAAGCCAUUCAAUGAGUUAAAGGAAGGGGAUAUCACAGAGUCGCAGGUCAAGGUCGAAGAGGAAAAGAAG